AUGUCUCCACCGAGCUUGUUGUGUCUCAUGCCAUGCUGUAGGUCAUCACGGGUCGUGCAUGAGCCUCGUCCGCCGCCUCCGCCACUUCCAGACCCCAAAUAUCUCGAAAUCGACGGCGUCUGCAAGAUUGAGUACGUCGAUGUCGAGCCAACUCAACUCAAAAGCAGUUGUUCAGCCACGGUCGUGUGUGUUCACGGCGCUCCUGGAAGUUUUCGCGACUAUCGAUACGUUAUCCCGAUGCUUGCCGAGCAGCAACCCGGUCUUCGAAUUAUCGGAGUCAAUCUUCCGGGCUACAUGGGCUCAGAAGUGGAGAAACCUCGUUACCUCGAGACAGUUUGCGCUCUCCGAGCUGCUGAGGUGGUGCUGCAAGCCAUUCGACAGCUUUGCAUCUCUGGCGAUAAUGACGGAGGUGAUAUAUUCCUAAUUGGCCACUCGUUUGGAGCUCACACGGUCAUCAACAUUGCAUCAUUGAACGAGACGCAGCGAAUGGCUGGGGCUCCUGUCAACGUACUCAAAAUCCGAGGCAUUGCGCUGAUGGCACCGGCAGGAUGCGUGCCACAACGAAUGGUGAAAGAAAUACCGAUCAAGAUGAUGGUUGUUCUCUUGAGAUCUCGCAGUGCAGUCGUUGUGCGCCUGGCGACGCGUUUCGUCAAGUAUUUGUAUACCGAGAUACUUGGGUUUCCCAGGAGGACGCCGGCUACAUCCUGCGUAGCAGCAAUAAUCAGGGCGGGCACAACGAAGUUCCCAUUGAUUCGAGCCCAGGUUACCAUGCUGAAAGAAGCCAGCAUGCCUGUGCUCGUCGCGUGGGCUCGUGACGAUGUGCUGGUCGAGCCGUCGAUUCCGGAAGAGCUCGGCAGACUCUCCCAUGUUGGCCCACGGCUCGAGUUUGCUGGUGGAGGACACAAUAUCCAGAAGACUCGAGUCGAGCAGAUUACGGCUAGCUUGAGCUCGUGGAUCUCCGCGAUCUUAAGCGGGUGCAGUUCUAAUGAACUCGGGAUGAGUCAGCACUUCCAUGAAAAAAAAAUACUUCGAAGUAGUAUCCAAAAUUUUUGA